GCGCCCGCAGCGCGCCCCGGAGCCCCGCUCGCCAUGGGCCGCCCCCUACCGCUCCUGCCCUUGUGUGCCUCUGUGUCUUUGCUGGGUGGCCUGACCUUUGGCUAUGAACUGGCAGUCAUAUCAGGUGCCCUGCUGCCACUGCAGCUUGACUUCGGGCUAAGCUGCUUGGAGCAGGAGCUCCUGGUGGGCAGCCUGCUCCUGGGGGCUCUCCUCGCCUCCCUGGUAGGGGGCUUCCUCAUAGACCGCUAUGGCAGGAAACAAGCCAUCCUCGGGAGCAACUUGGUGCUGUUGGCAGGCAGCCUGAGCCUGGGCCUGGCUGGCUCUCUGACCUGGCUGGUCCUGGGCCGGUCAGCAGCUGGCUUCGCCAUCUCCCUCUCCUCCAUGGCCUGCUGUAUCUACGUGUCAGAGCUGGUGGGGCCACGGCAGCGGGGAGUGCUGGUGUCCCUCUAUGAGGCAGGCAUCACCCUGGGCAUCCUGCUCUCCUACGCACUCAACUACGCACUGGCCGGUGCCCCCUGGGGAUGGAGGCAUAUGUUUGGCUGGGCCGCCGCGCCUGCUCUCCUGCAAUCCCUCAGCCUCCUCUUUCUCCCUGCUCGUACAGAUGAGGCUGCAGCCCACAAGGACCUCAUCCCUCUCCAGGGAGGUGAAGCCACCAAGCUGGGCCUGGGGAGGCCAAGAUACUCCUUUCUGGACCUCUUCAGGGCGCGGGAUAACAUGCGAGGCAGGACCACGGUGGGGCUGGGGCUGGUACUUUUCCAGCAGCUGACAGGGCAGCCCAAUGUGCUGUGCUACGCCUCCACCAUCUUCCGCUCGGUCGGCUUCCGAGGGGGAUCCUCAGCUGUGCUGGCCUCUGUGGGGCUUGGCGCCGUGAAGGUGGCAGCUACCCUGACCGCCAUGGGGCUGGUGGACCGAGCGGGCCGCAGGGCCCUGCUACUAGCUGGCUGUGCCCUCAUGGCCCUGUCUGUCAGCGGCAUGGGCCUCGUCAGCUUUGCUGUGCCCAUGGACUCGGGCCCAAGUUGCCUGGCCAUGCCCAACGCCACCAGGCUGUCAGGCCUCUCUGGGGACUCUGGCCUGCCAAGGGGCAUAUCGCCACCUCCGCUGCCAACAAUCAGCAAGAGCCAAGCGGAGCCAGUCUUGUCAACCUCUAAGAAAACCAAGCCUCAUCCCAAAGCUGGGAACCCCACAGCCCCUCUCCUGCCAGCCCUAAGCCCCGCCUCCCCCGCGUCCCCUUCUCCCGCCCCAGAGCAGGCCCUGCUGCACUGGACUGCGCUGGUCUGCAUGAUGGUCUUUGUGAGCGCCUUCUCCUUUGGGUUUGGACCAGUGACCUGGCUUGUCCUCAGCGAGAUUUACCCCGUGGAGAUCCGAGGGAGGGCCUUCGCCUUCUGUAACAGCUUCAACUGGGCCGCCAACCUCUUCAUCAGCCUCUUCUUCCUCGACCUCAUCGGCGCCAUCGGCUUGUCCUGGACCUUCCUGCUGUACGGGCUGACCGCCGUCCUCGGCCUGGGCUUCAUCUAUUUGUGUGUCCCUGAAACAAAAGGCCAGUCGUUGGCAGAGAUAGACCAGCAAUUCCAGAGGAGACGGUUCGCCCUGAGCUUUGGCCACAGGCAGAGCUCAGCUGGCGUCCAGUACAGCCGCAUCGAGGUCUCGGCAGCCUCCUGAGGGGUCCAUCUGCCUGGAAGAUGCUGGAACCAUGGCUUCAGCAGACAGUCUGCAGCUUCCUGCUUGUCUAGGCCCCGGAGCACAAGUGCUAGGUGGUCUUCAAGAGCUGUCCCUGCUUCAGAAGACGUUUUAUUGCUGGGGUGAAAGGGAUGAAAGUCGGAGAACCCCCAAGUCUUCAUUUUGAGUCUCAGGCUCUGAGGGUUCCUAAGGAUCUGCUCUCUUGCCUCGGUUUCCCCAUUGACUGAAUCUCUGCAGUACUUACAAGGAGAACAUCUUAUGGAGUCUCUUUUGCUCUAGGGCUUUCUCAGAGAAUCUAGGGUACCAACCCUGGCAGGAAGUCUCUCCUGGUAUGACCCCUAAAUCCAACUGAGGAUACCACAUGACUCCACUCUCUUUUUCCACCUGGCGAGGACCUUUUGGUGAGAGAGAAACCUGCUUUUUGGUUCUUAGUUCUUAGUUUUGCUCAACCCCUCUAAUUCUCCUUCCCACAAUAUUUAUUAUCCACCAGCAACUCAGACUGUUCUAGUUCUGAUUCUGCUGGUGUUAUUGCUGAAUGACCGUGGGCCUCGGUUUCCCCCGUAUGUACAGUGGGCGACCUGGAUCAAGUAGUUAAGAUCUCUUCUGGCGCCAGUGAGCUGGAAUUCUAAAUGCUGGUAAUAUGACAAAUAUCCAACCUAGGCCCUGCUCUCAAGUUGCUAGUCAUCUCUUCGGGGGAUAUGAGUUUUAAUUAGGGGAGAGGUAAAUGAGAUUCCAGAGUUCUGUGCACUGAAAUCCAAGAGCGUCACAGUGCGUGCACCGAGCUCCGGGAGCUGCUUCCAGGGUGCUGAGGGAGGGCUUUGCAGACAGGAGAUGGGUCUGGAGGCGGCGUACCUGGUUGUCCGUGUUGCCUCCACCUCUUGGCAGCUGUUGACCUUAAGUAAGUAACUACUCCCUCAAGCCUCAGUUUCUGCGUCUGCAGAAUGGGGAUGAUUACACCCCCGGGGGUGUGUUUUACCCCUGUCUCCCUUCAGAACAGUCUUCAUCGGGUCCCAUUCAGCUAGUCGGGGCAUGGGGUUCUGCUCGCCGUGUUACCCAGGUCCUCACCUUUGGGACAUUGUAAAGGGUCAUCCCCCAAGGGGUGAGUCAAGUGGAGAUGGAGGCCGGAGGUCACUAAAGGAAGGGUCCAGCAAGAAGGAGCUCCUGGGUGCUGACGAGAACGAAGAGCUGGAGUAGGUCCAGGGUGCUGGCGUCGGACCAUCUUUGUCACCAUGCGUGCUCACGUGGGUGCUGAUGCAGCCCCCACAGGACUCUGGCCCUCAACUUCUCCUCUCCCCUCAUUUCUAGAUGCUUCCCUUAUAUCCAGUGCUGUACUGGGGCCGGCUUGUACUGGCUCCUGAAAGCUGAUUGUUAAAUUUUCAGGAUUUUUGCAAACUGGUUGUUAAACACAGCCAUUAAAAAAAUUAAAUUAUUUAAACGUAUAAUUAAGUAAAUUAUAUUAAAAACAAAGGUAAUAAAUACUAAAAACUCAUCACUUUCUUAUUUUACUACAUUUUACUAUUGUCUGUGCUCUUGAGGUUAUUGACAUCUAUUAUAUCUUAUGAGGGACAGAGGGGAGAAACUGCAUAUUUCUUCCCAAUUCUGCGUUAAAUGACGUCAGCUUGGUCGCUGGAAACUGACCAUGGGAGUGUAUUUACAUCACAGAGAUUAAGGAACACUACAAAUCAGGUCUUAAUUUUUUGUUCUCUCAAUUUUCCAGUCUUAAGAACGUUGGAAUGGAUAAAAUGUUAAAUUAAACUUAAAAAUGUGUCUGUAGCCAAUACAUUGUGAGUAGCACAAAAAAUGGGGAGAAUAUUGUUCCAGUAUUCGAACACUGUUAUCUAGUUCAGCAAACAAGUUGCUCGUGUCAGAGAUGAAGGAGCUCUGACGUACAUCUUCAUCGUUUUACUUUCCUCUUUCUCAUUAAUGUAAACAAAAAUUGCAACCACAUUCACGUCUGAGCUACACUUGUUCUUCAGUGGGGUGAGCGAUUUCUUUGCCAAGUCGUAUUGUUAUCAAGCAUUUAUCCAUAGUCUAAUUUUGUCAAGUCAUGGCUAAAUUGCAGUGAUAGUUGGUUUUGGAUUCAAGAGUUUGGCAAAAAAUUAACAAAAAUAUUCUGUGAGAACUAAUUGGCUCUAUGGAAUUUAUAAUAAAGAGUAU